CUCUGCCACACUCCUCCGGGAAUGGUCCCCCUCCUCCCCUCUUCAUUCCCUCCCCUUCCCUCCUGGGCAAGGCAGCUCUGUCCCUCCACAAGGGUGAAUGCAGACGCUGGAGAGGGGAGCCCGGAGCUGAGAAAUGUGGUUCUUAUACCUCCUGGUGCCCGUCCUGCUCGGCAGGGUGGGUGGCUCCAGCACCCUCCCUCCAAAGCUCUUCGGGGAGCUGACUUCACCUCUGUACCCCAAGCCCUACCCGAACAACCUGGACAACACGACGGUCAUCACGGUCCCCGCGGGGUACAGGGUCAAGCUGGUCUUCUGGUUCUUCGACCUGGAGCCCUCGGAAGGCUGCUUCUAUGACUACGUCAAGCUCUCUGCAGAUAAGAAAACCCUGGGCAGGUUCUGCGGGCAGCAGGGCUCUCCUUGGGGCCAUCCGCCCGGCCAGGCGGAGUUCGUGUCCCAGGGCAACAAGAUGUUGCUCACCUUUCACACCGACUUCUCCAACGAGGAGAACGGCACCACCAUGUUCUACAAGGGCUUCCUGGCCUACUACCAAGCUGUGGACCUCGAUGAGUGUGCCGCACAGAGCAACUCCCUGGGGGAGGUGGCGCAGCCCCCGUGCCAGCAGCUGUGCCACAACUACGUGGGCGGUUACUUCUGCUCCUGCCGCGCGGGCUACACCCUCCAGGCCGACGGGCGCUCCUGCCAGGUGGACUGCGGCGGCCAGCUGUACACAGAGGCGUCGGGCUACAUCUCCAGCGUGGACUACCCUCGGCCCUACGGGCCCGACCUGCGCUGCAACUAUAGCAUCCGGGUGGAGCGCGGCCUCACGCUGCGCCUCAAGUUCCUGGAGCCCUUCGAGAUCGAUGACCACCAGCAAGUGCACUGCCCCUAUGACCAGCUGCAGAUCUUUGCCAACGGGAGGAACGUAGGUGAGUUCUGUGGCACGCAGCGGCCCCCGGACCUGGACACCAGCAGCAACUCCGUGGACCUGCUGUUCUUCACGGAUGAUUCCGGGGACAGUCGGGGCUGGAAGGUGCAUUACACCAGUGAAAUCAUCAAGUGCCCUCAGCCCAAGACCCUGGAUAAGUUCAGCAUCAUCCAGAACCCACAGCCUGUGUACCAGUUCCGAGACUACGUCAUUGUCACCUGUAAGCAAGGCUACCAGCUCGUGGAGGGGAACCAGGUGCUGAACUCCUUCACAUCUGUCUGCCAGGACGACGGCACAUGGCAUCGUGCCAUGCCCAGGUGCCAGAUCAGGGACUGUGGGCAGCCACGAGCACUGCUGAAUGGAGUCUUCACUUACACCACCGCGGAGGGGGUGAACACCUACCAGGCCAGCAUCCAGUACCGCUGCAAUGAGCCCUACUACAAGAUGCAGGUCAAAGAAGGCAGCAGCGAGCCAGAUCGAGGGACAUUUACCUGCACAGCCCAGGGCCUUUGGAAGAACAAGUUGGCAGGAGAGAAGAUUCCCCGGUGUUUGCCAGUGUGUGGGAAACCCGUCAACCCCGUGGAACAGAGGCAACGCAUCGUUGGAGGGUCCCGGGCCAAGCUGGGCAACUUCCCCUGGCAGGCUUACACCAACAUCCACGGGCGGGGGGGCGGGGCUCUGCUCGGGGACCGCUGGAUCCUGACGGCAGCGCACACCCUGUACCCCAAGAACCACGACAACCCGGGCCGACAGGCCGACAGCCAGGACCAGGAUCCCAACAGCCUGGACAAGCCCGUGAGCGUGUUCCUGGGCCACGUGACCAUAGAAGAAAUUGAGAAACUGUCCCAUCACCCGGUCCGCCGGGUCAUCGUCCACCCUGACUACGUCCAGCAGGACGCUUUCAGUUUCGAGGGUGACAUCGCCCUGCUGGAGCUGGAGAACAGCGUCACCCUGGGCCCUCACCUCCUCCCCAUCUGUCUCCCCGAGAACGAGACCCUGUACGACGUGGGGCUCAUGGGCUACGUCAGUGGGUUUGGGGUGAUGAGGAACAGGAUGUCCCCCGAUCUCAAGUACGUCCACCUGCCGGUGGCCAAUCGGAAGUCGUGCGAGAGGUGGCUCCGGGCGAACGGGAGGCAGGACGUGUUUUCUCAGAACAUGUUCUGUACCGGGGACCCGAGUCUGAGGGAGGACGCCUGCCAGGGGGACAGCGGGGGGGUCUUUGCUGUGAAGGAUGAGGACAGCAACCUCUGGACGGCCACGGGCAUCGUGUCCUGGGGCAUCGGCUGCGGCAACGGCUACGGCUUCUACACCAAAUUACUCAACUACGUGGACUGGAUCAAGAAGGAGAUGGGGGAGGAGGAAGACUGAGCCCCUAGCCCACCGGGCGGGAACUGAUGAUAGCGUGUGUACCAGAAAAAGCUCCCGGGAGCCAGAGCUCGUGGCCGACCCCGGUUCAAUCCCAGCAUCCCCUUAGGGUCCCCUGAGCACCGCCAGGAGUCAUUCCUGAGUGCAGAGUCAGGAGGAACCCCUGAGCAUCGCCGGGUGUGACCCAAAAAAAAGCAAAAGAAAAAAGAAAGAAGAGCACCCAGCCCAUCUGAGGACCACUGAGAAUUCAUAUUAAACUCACUGAUGCACGGAGAUGGCGUCAACUGAUUCUUAUCGGUAAUCCCUUCCCUCUGGCUUCACCCGAAACAAGCCAAAGGGUCACAGGGGUCGGAGAGAGAGUAUAGCAGGCCGGGCACUGACCUUGGACGCAACCAACCUGAGUUCCAUCCCCAGCACCAUGUGUGGUCCCCCAAGCUCCGCCAGGAGUGAUGGCUGAGCUCAGAGCCAGGAGGAAGCCCUGAGCACAGCAGAGUGUGGCUCAAAAAUCAAAAAGACAAAGAAAAA